CUUCGUUGCUUCGCAGGAGGUGUAUGGAUUGCACGCAUCGAUUCUUCGGCUCCUUCGUGGCUGUUCGACUUCGCUCCUUCGACGACUUUCCCUUCUUGUCGGAUCGGAAGUUAGGAAAUUUUUUAUCGGAUGCAACAACGGGAGCUUGCUGGCUUUGAAGGAUUUACAGAUUCGCGGAAUGCGUUCCUACUUAAAACUACAGCUAAAUCCGAUACCAAACACCCCCGGGUGCUGAGGACGGUCGUGCCUCGGCAUUUCGCCGCUGUUGAGGAACAUCGUUAGCUGGUUUUUCUUUGUCAUUCGGUGGUGGCUUAGAAGCUCGCGCCGCUACUUUGCGGUGUCUUUGUAUUCCGGCCGAAUUAAACGAAAUUUCUUUCUUGGGCGGUCCGGAGGGUUUUUGACAGAGUCUCUUACGACGUUGUUCAGGCUAAAGAAUUCUCUUUCUUGGGAGGUUUUUGUAUUCAGGCUAAAGAAGCUUCUUCGCCUCCUUCGAGGACGUUGUUCUUGUCAGAACGGAAGUCACGUCUGGAGCUCGCCGCUAAGAUUUAAAAAUCCCGCUCAAAUCCUGCUACCAAAUAGUCCCUGCCAUGUCGUUUUCUAGCUUCGGCAAGAGUUCUGGUCCCUCCAUUCCACCGGCUACCCAGACGACGUUUGGAAGUGUCCCUGCAUUUUCCUGGAGUGCUCCGAAUUCUAACCCUAACAACCCGACGGCUACUGCGGCCAUCCAAAAUGUACGGCAGCAUCAAGUGAUUUCUCCUCGGACUGAAACGCCUGACAAGUCUGCUAGCUACAGUGAUCCUUCAAAACUUUCAUCUGAACUAUCUUAUCAGGCAAAUAAUCAAUGGCUUUCUCCAAUUGCAUCUAUUAGAACUUCAAAUGGUGCCGGGACUAGUUUUUCAAUGACACCUAGUAGCCAUCAUCUUUCCAACAACAUUAGAUCACCCUCUUGGUCAUCUCUGAAUAGUGGCUUUAUUGAUAAUCAUAGAUCAAAUUAUUUUCCAGCAACAAGAUCCGGAGCACAUACUGAAAUGCUCUUGAAAAAUGCUAAUGAUGAAGUUCCCAAUAUGAAGUCUGUGCUUGUGAACUUUGAAAGCAGUUCGUCAGUUCAAGCAAUAUUUUCAGAUAAGGAAGUUGAGCGGCCUGAUUCAUCCCCUAUUAGACUGGCUAGACACAGAAUGUCUCCACUCCACGGGGGCCCUUCUUCACAAAAUAUGCUUGAGCAUGGUGAGUGUCAGCCUGAUGCACAAAAUGUUGUAACUAUUAUGCCAGCAAAACCUGCCAACCUUGUUGCAUCUAAAAGGGCCCGGUCUCCUCCUAUAUCAGUUGAGAAAGCUUUACAUUCAUCAUCUAUUGUACCUGAUUCAGAGAGGGAAAUGCAAGCAAAGGCAAAGCGAUUAGCUCGCUUCAAGACUGAGUUAACCCAGCCAUUACAGAAUCUGCGGGAUAUCUCAAGUCAUAAACCUUCUGAAAAUAGGCAAAACCAUGUACCUUUAGUCCUGCAAAAAGCUGAUGAAACUGCUGAAAAUGCAACUUAUGGGGUUAGCUGUUCUGAUCAUGAAGGUGCUGAAUCAUCGAAAGCUGUGAUGGGUCUGUGCCCAGAUAUGUGUCCAGAUUUGGAGAGGGAUGAGCGUGAAAGAAAGGGAGAUCUUGAUAAGUAUGAGCGCUUGAAUGGUGAUAGAAACCAAACAACAAAAUUUCUUGCUGUUAAAAAAUAUAAUAGGAUGGCUGAGCGUGAAGCUAAGUUGAUAAGGCCCAUGCCUGUCCUGCAGAAGACGGUUGAUUAUCUCCUAAGUUUAUUGGAUCAGCCUUAUGAUGGCAAUUUUCUUAGUAUUUACAACUUCUUGUGGGAUAGAAUGCGUGCAGUACGGAUGGAUCUCAGGAUGCAACAUAUUUUCAAUGAAGAUGCUAUUCUCAUGCUAGAACAAAUGAUAAGGCUUCAUGUAAUUGCUAUGCAUGAAUUAUGUGAAUUCGAGAAAAGCGAGGGUUUCACAGAGGGUUUUGAUGCACACCUCAAUAUUGAGCAAAUGAAUAAAACCUCUGUUGAGUUAUUUCAACUGUAUGAUGACCAUAGGAAGCGGGGGAAAUGUUUUGCAUCAGAAAAAGAAUUCAGGGGAUACUAUGCACUUCUCAAGUUAGAUAAGCAUCCUGGUUACAAAGUGGAACCUGCAGAGCUCUCACUUGAUCUUGCGAAGAUGACUCCUGAGAUACGAAGUACCACUGAAAUUUUAUUUGCUCGAGAUGUUGCAAGUGCUUGUAGGAUUGGCAACUAUAUUGCAUUUUUUAGGCUUGCUAGAAAAGCAACGUAUCUUCAGUCAUGCCUAAUGCAUGCUCAUUUUUCUAAGCUGAGAAAGCAGGCCCUUGCUUCUCUACAUAGCGGUCUUCAGAAUAACCAAGGAAUUCCCAUUGCACAUGUUGAGAAAUGGCUGGCUAUGGAGGGGGAGGAUGUUGAGGGCCUUCUGGAGUAUCAUGGAUUCUCAGUAAAAAAAUAUGAAGAGGCAUACAUGGUGAAAGAAGGCCCCUUUCUCAGCAGUGAUGUGGAUUUUCCCACAAGAUGUGCGCAACUUGUUCAUCAUAAGAAAUCAGAAAAAAUAGUUGAUGAUGUCAGAACUGCUUUAGUCCUUGAAGAUCUUUCUGUAGAAAAGGAAUGCUCAAAUACUACGGUAGAUAUAUUUGACCACGGAAACUCUGUCAUUACCGGAAGUCACCCGACUGCCUAUGAUGAAAUUAUGUUCGAUGACAAUAUUAGUCAUACUUCUAUGGUUGUAACUGAACCUUCAAGUUUGCUUGAAGAGCGACCGCCAUUUAGUCAAAACAGAGAAAUUGGAGUGAAAAUGGAGGAAAUGCCUGUCAUGAUGACAACAUUUAUGCCUCCAGUUGAGAUUGUUGGUGAAUACGCCCUUAAAGAUGAUGGUCAACAGAUACCACACCAUGCUAAUGAGCCCUUCUUUAAUGAAGCAGCAUUGCAAGUUUUUGAUAGUGGUAAUAGUCAACCUGCUGUUCAUCAAACUUCUAGUUCUAGCAUGAUUUGUGAAAAUGCAAGAUCUAAAAAGUCUGAAAGUGAGUUGGAGAGUGAAAGUCUGCUGCCUUUAUUCAGUCAUAAGGAGGAAGCUAAGAAGGAAAUAUUGAAACUGAUCUUAAGGAAAUGGAAGAAGCAGGCAGCUAUGAGGAGAGAGAAUAGAGAGCAGAAAGAGUUUCUUACUAGCGCAGCACUGAGUUCACUAUCAAUAGGACCUCCUACCGGUCAAAUUGAAUAUCCACAAACUAGGUGCUAUGAAAUUCUUGACAUUGAUGCUAUUUCAAGAGCAAGACAUGGAAAAAUUGGCAACUCGUGGUCUAGGUUGAACAUUUCAGAUUUGGUUGCACCAAUUAUGGUCGCAAGGAACCCUUUUGCCAAAUUGAUUUGCUGGAAAUUGGUCCUUUUGGUGCAACCGUGUGAUCCAGAUAACCAAAACCAUCAAUUAGCUUUAGAUUGGUUGUUCUUUAAGCUAUUGGGUCCUAGUAAAGAACAUGAUACUGAGUUGGUGGUAUCCUCAUCAGGUUUAUCAAUAUGGAAGAAAUGGAGUGAUCCUUAUGGAGGUUCUCCCCAAACCUGUUGCUUGUCUGUCAUUAGAGAAAAGGUUCUGGAUGACAGACAACAAAUUGAAGGGGACGAUGUCCUUGAUGGUGCAAGUUGUUUGGUUUACCUUGUGACAGAGACCAUUCCAUGGGAAAUUCAGAGAGCUCGGCUUCAAAAUUACUUGGUGUCUAUAACACCUGCAUCCUGCUUACCACUUCUAAUACUGAAUAUCGAUUUACCCAAAGGAGAUGCUGCGGAAAGAUCAGCCAAUAUCACAAGAAAACUAGCCCUUCAUGAUGAAAAGGAGAUGAAGAUAUGCUCUUCUUUAGUAACCUUUCUUGCUGAUAGCAGCCGCUUGGAAAAUUUUGCUAGCUUCUUUGAUGAUCAUCAGUUGAGAGUAGGUUUGCAGUGGCUGGCAAGUAAUACACCUUCCGCGCCUUUGCUUUGUCUUGUCAGAACUCGUGAACUGGUCCUAAAAUACUUGAGACGAUUCAUGGAAAUCACUGCAAAUCAUAAAGGAUUGGAUGUGGCUCCAAAUGAUUGCAUAGCUGGAUUCAAUAAUGCCUUAGAUAAAACGGCAGAGGAAAUCAUGGUUACAGCAUCCAUGAAUCCAACUCAUUGGCCAGCUCCAGAAAUCAAUCUUCUUGACAAAUCAAGCAAUGAGGGAAUACUGGCAGGUCUUUGCUUUCCCGGCGUAGGUUGGAGUUCGCCGGCGAGAAUCAACCCUAUUGUUAGCGCAAUCAAAUCCUGCAAACUUCCAAGUUUUCCAGACACAUCCUGGCUGAACCAUGAGCUGCUAACUGGUUUGCAGAUUAAGCAGCAGAAGCUGGCCCUUGAAAAACUCUUGAUUAGCUUUCUCAAUGAAUCAAACAAAUUGUUAAAAGCUGAUCUAGCUAUCCAGGAGGUCAAUGUCAUGCUACAGAAGUUUGUAGGUCUCCGGCGCUGCAGAUCAGGUUACUGUUUCAUUCCAAGUUGGAUUUUGAUUUUCCAGAGAAUUUUCUCUUGGCAAUUGAAUAAAUUAACCGCUCCGGGGAUAUCUUAUGUUUACAUCAUGGAUAGCAAAGAUGAUCUUUUUCCAUUCAGUUCUUGCCUUGAAGAGCUUCCAUCAUCUCAUUCUUUUCCUGCUAAAGUAUCUCUUGAUGAAUUGGUGGAGAUAAGUUGCAGUAAUCCCUUCGAAAAAUGGCCACCGGUCUCCAGGCCAACGCCUCCUACCGCCAUUGGCGAAAUCGAUGAUGGUGUAAAGGCUAAUGGUGAUGAUGGUGAUGGUGCAGAGGCUGGAAUGGCAAGUGGGAACAACGAGGAUCUCAGAUACAUGGACACAAACAAACAGAUUGCAGAUUCUUUAGUUCUUAAGAGUGAUAAGCUAACCGCGUUACUAGAACGUUGUAACAGAGUGCAAGACACGAUAGAGCAAAAGCUGGCUAUCUAUUUCUGAGAAUUUUGUUUCCCUCCACUGUACAAUAUGGUAGAAGUGUAUCUAUUCUUCUUUUUCUUUUUUAAUUUUCUUUUUACCUUGUGACAUUGCUACACUUCUGUAGAUUUAUUGCUAAAUAUUUCUUUGUAAGGGGUUUCUAAUUUUUAUGUUGUUGUAUAUUUAA